AUGUCUGUGUCAACUCCACCUGACACCACCGCUUCGCUCACUGAGGCCAGUACUGUCUCCACUGUCUCUAGCUCUCCCACCACCACUCUGACCCCCUCUUCUGAAGCUAGCUCAUCUCCUACUGACCCGGAAGACACCACAAUAAGUGUGACAACUGCUACAGUUGGAGGCACUCUUGGUACCACUAUUCCUGGCACUACCACACUUACAAUCACUUCUUCUGGAACCAACACCCCAACUACAACUCUCGGUGGUGCCAUCACAUCUGCUCCAACGUCUCAGGGAACAGCAACCCUCACCACUUCUGUGCUCAUCCCCUCAGAAGGCAGCACACUUUCAACACCUACUCCUCACACCUCUUCGGCUGGGACGUCUGUUGACUCCAGUCUACCAACCACAACAUCUGACACCUCCAUGCCGGUGACCCCAGGGCUUGUUACCACCACAGAUCAAACAAGCCAGGCAACACCAAGUGUGGUUUCCACCACAGUCUCCAUCACCACUAGCCUUACCUCUACCUCCACUGUUACAUCGAAAACCAUCCCCACCAUAACGUCUAGUUCUCCAACCACCACAAAAGGGACCUGCCUCAAUGGAGGGACUUGGAACAACAGUAUCUGUGACUGCCUCAACGGCUUCGGCGGAAAUCAAUGCCAGUACGUCUGCAAGAAUGGAGGCAUCUGGGAUGGAGACAAGUGCAAUUGCACUCCACCCUAUGAAGGAUCCAGCUGUGACAAGCUGAUGACUAGCAUCGAGAUCGAAUCUCCACCAAAGAGAGUAACUGCCCAGGUGGGACUAUCUGUGACAGUGACAAGUAAGGAGUUUACUGAAGAGCUAAAUAACAAGUCUUCUAUAGAAUUUAAGAACUUCACGGAGACAUUUGCCAAACAGAUGGCUAUUGCUUAUAAUGACAUCCCCGAAUACGACGGUGUCCUAAUCACAAACCUAACGAAUGGCAGCGUGGUGGUGGAGCAUAAAGUCCUCCUCAAGGCCAACUUCACCCAAGAUUUCCAGAAAGUGAUGGACACAGCUACCAAGGCAGUGGAGGAAAAAAUCAUGAAUUUAACCAGAAAGCAAAUAGGCAGUGUUACAACCUGCUCAGACUUACUGUGUUUUAAUGACAAUGCCACCAAGGUGGGCAACACUGAAAUUACCCAAUACGACCCUGAAGCUGAAUGCCAGAAGAAGGCUGGAAAAGACUUUGGCAAAUACUUCUUAAUAGAAUACAGGGAUCAGAAGCCCUACUGCAUCAGUGCCUGCAUGCCUGGCUUCAGAGCCUCCAUGAACUGCCACUUUGGACAGUGCAAGCUGGAACGCAGUGGUCCUCGGUGCUACUGCCUGACUACAGAUACUCACUGGUACAGAGGGAAGAACUGUGAGCUGGGCACUCAGAAGACUCUGGUGUAUGGACUCGUGGGGGCAGCGGGAGUCAUAGUGCUGCUGAUCUUUAUGGUGCUCUUGGUGUUCAUGUUCCGUUCCAAGAGAGAAGUGUACAGAAUUUCUGAUAUUUCAAUUAAUAGACAGAAGAUCAAAGUGUCUCAGUUAUCCAGGUGGCAUGACGAAGAUGGUGGAUCAACCCCUGGGACCUUUGAAAACAUUGGCUUUGACAUCUGUGAAGAACCUGAGAACUCUAUCAACCUGAACUCCAUCUAUAAAAAAUUCCAGCCCUCACUGAAUCAAGUAGACCCUAAAACAAAGCAUUGUGGGGCCUUCAGGGAAGUAAAGCCAUUAGAAUACUACCAAGUAUAA